UUCAUUUGUACAAAAUACCUAAGCAAGCACUACAUAUUGCUCAACAACAUGUUGUGGAAAACAUUUAUUGCCAUUACUGUGAUAGUAGCGGAUGUGUACGGCAGGGACGAGGAUAUGGCGAUGCCUACAUUAAUUGCUGAAAUAUGUAACGCCACUGACAGGAUAUCUCAAGUGAAGACUUCUUAUUCCACUUUUCUGUCAUGUGUGGGAGGCGAAUUCCUUUUGGACAACAAUGGCAUGGAAAUGUGCUCGAACACAAAGAAUUACAGCACUUGCAUAAACAAGCUCUACAAAAGUAUUUCUCCGUGCCCCGUAUUCAACGACAUCUUUCAUAAUGAUCAGCUUGGGGGUUUAAUGGUGGAAUUCAUGUGCGAAGACAGGAAUAAAAACUUUCCUGCUUUAGCCGACUAUUGGGAUUGCUUUUACAAUAAACCGACUAGACCGAAUUUGUCCUUAGUAGACAGUGAAUAUGCGAGAUGCACCUCACCGAUAAAACGUAAAACAAAGGUGUGUACCGCAGUAGAACAGAGAAGGAAAUGCCUUAUGAAGGUUUUGAAGAUGUGCAAUAUACCUUCCUCUGCGAUUGUAGUCGAGAAGCUAUUCAAGAAAAUACCAUGCAACGGACAUCCCAUUAUUUGCUCCAAAAUUUUUGCGAGGCAAUCUAUGAAGGACACGGAGGUGAGGUACCUCCUUAUUGCUAAAACCAAUAAACUAAGACAAGAAUUGGGUUUCUCGCAAAAUGCAUGUAUACGGAAUGAUACAGCAACACAGGUACAUUAUAAGUGUACAAGGACUCUUCGGAACAGGACUCAGUUGCCAUCUGUCUGCAGAAGUGAAUCACAGUCCGCUCAAUUGUGCUUCACAAUGAUUUGGAUACUUUCUUUACUUGUAGCUCUUAUUCCUGUUUUAACUGUCGAGGCUUGGGGGAAGUACAAUACCCUUGAACAGAAGCAAAUAACUGAGUAUAUAACCAAACUCUGUACGAAGAGUGGCGCUGAAGAUAAAGUUCCGCAAGUUCUGGAUGCAAUCGAAAACUUCGAGAAAUGCUCCGUGAGCCUGUUCAAGGACGAAGUCCUGUUGGAGGAGGUUGCGACUGCCAUCCGCAACAAUGACCUCAAUGGAGUUUUCAAAAAGUACUGCGCGCGCACUGGGCGCUUGGCGGCGUGCACUUACUCACUGAUCGACAGCGUAGGGCUGUGCGUAGGUGGUGCCGACCUACCCGCCGCUCACAACUUCGUCGACCAGCUGCUCGGCUUCGUCUGCCACAACGACGGCGAGAGGAUCGGAUUGUUCAUUCAAGAAGGCGGUCCCCAGUGCUUCCAACAGAACGUGGGCGCCCUCAACGGCUGCGCCGCGAAAGUGUUGAGCGAGAUCGACGGCGUGCAACCGAUUAAAGAACGCUGCACGAAGUUCGACGAGCUAUCGAAAUGCUUGGUGGAGACCGUGAGCACGUGCUCGCCCGCCGCGCCGGGCGACAUGAUGCGCGCGCUGCUUGCCCACGUGCGGCAGGCCACGCCCUGCGCCGGCGACGAUGAUACCUUCCGCACCUACAUGCGGUGGCUGCAGGACCGCAAGGACAACCCCGACCAGCAUUCUGAAGAAGUGACGAUGACCGGUGUGAUAGCGUGCAUGCCGAUCGAGUACCACAAGCUUAUUUCUGCUGUCACUGAUGUCAUGGACGACCUCAUAGACUUCGUUUGCUACAAGGACGGCGAGAGGAUUGCUUUCCUGAAGAGCGUAGCAAGCUUCGAAAUAGCGAUGACAUUCUCUUCUCAGGACAAGUGCAAUAAGUUUGACGAGCUGUCUACGUGCGUGAUAACUGAGAUCCAGGGCUGCAAGAACCAGGCCGCCACAAACAUGACCGAGUCGCUUUUCAGAUUUGCCAAGGACGAGUUGGCCUGCGAAAACUGAAUAUGAAAAAGGAAACAACCCGAUGGGCUGUGAUAUGAAGAAAUUAUAAAGUGUAAUAUACAUUUUAUAUUAUUAAAUAAUUAUGCAAUCUUAA